AAAAAGGAAGAAUCCAGCUUCACACCGGAAGAUGCGGUUCUGGCAUCUGUUGGCAUCGUGAAGUGUAGCCCCGAGUGCGGGCUGCUGGUGUCAGAGAGCAUGCUUCUGGCUCUGGAGGAGCUGAUCCAAGCAUGCUGUGCGGAAGAUGAAGGCGUCCCGGUGGUUCUGGUGUGUGGCCCAAAAAACACUGGGAAAUCGACAUUUAAUAGAUACCUAAUUAAUCUGUUACUGAAUCGCCUUCCCUCGGUUGAAUAUAUGGAAUGUGACAUAGGUCAAACUGAAUUUACGCCGCCUGGAUGCGUGUCUUUAAGUAAUGUAACAGAGCCAAUUCUUGGUCCACCAUUCACGCAUCAACAAACGCCACAUAAGAUGGUGUAUUAUGGACAGACGAGUUGUGAGCAGGACACAGAAAGAUACCUUGAUGUCGUGAAGUACGUGUUCAGCUCCUACAAGAAGGAAGUGCCUUUAGUCAUCAACACCAUGGGCUGGGUGAAAGGUGAGGGGUUGCUGCUUCUGAUUGAUAUCAUUCGGCUGUUGUCGCCCAGUCACAUUGUCCAGAUGGAUGUGUACGACUGGAAGGCCAUGGCUCCGCUCACCCCCGAGUGCGUUCAUCUCACUCCUGGCCUGUACACUAAAGGCAAACCACCAGCCAAAUGCAAGCAGAUGGGUACGAGUGGAGCGGAGAACUGGAAGCCCUCUGAAGGGGAGGGAGAUGCAGCAGCUCCUGAGUAUAAGUUGCUGUACGUCCAUCCAGAAUUCCCUCGAGCAGGGGUUGCAGGUGAAGCGCGAGUACAUAGCGGCAUCUUGCGUGACAUGUCCAUACUGGGUUACCUGGGUCAGCUGCAGUCCCCAGACAUAGGGGCGGUGCUUCCGCUCCACAGUCUUGUGCCGUACCAGGUACCUUUCAGUGCUGUUGCGCUCAAGGUUAUUCACACCGAUGUUGCCCCUACCAACAUAAUGUAUGCUGUGAACGCCAGCUGGGUUGGGCUCUGCAGGAUACCAGACGAAAUCAGAUGCCAAACUGACGGGCCAGUCUUGCUGACACAGACACCGGUCUGUGAUUGCCUUGGCUUUGGAAUUGUCCGGGGGGUUGAGAUGGAGAAGAAGCUUUACCAUGUUCUGACGCCGGUGCCUCCAGAGAACCUGAGACUAGUGAAUUGUCUGCUCCUUGGAAAUAUUGCUAUCCCAAACUGUGUUCUUGUGGGCCAGCAAGGAGUUGAGGGAGAGAUCCCCUAUGUGACAUCUGAUUAUAACUACAGCAUCUUGGGGUCUGGGAAGCUGAAAAAGAAGAAACAUUUCAAGAGGAGGGAGUACACGUUCGAGUGCGAUUAUGCGUAAAGCCUUGGGGACCACGGGAUUUGUGUUGUAUGGAGACUGGUGAGAGCCAGGUGUGGUCACAGAAGCCCUGGGUGCUGCAGAGCUUUCAGAGACCCUGGGCAGGUAUCCGGUGUACAUACUACAGCAUGUC